GCGUUUGUGCUCAAGGCGGAGGAAACUCGCUUAAGCCACUGUGUAAAGAAGACUGGAUGUCUGUGUCUCUUUCCGAAGAUUUUACUGUGAUGCAAAAAGAAACUCUAGACAACUUUUUGAAGUUUCUUGGAGAUGAACCUUUUGAACGAAGUUUGCGUGUAUCCAUUAGCGACCUCAGUAACCUGCAAGUAGAGUUGUACACAGUAGAGCAAUACCAUUUUAAAAGGGAGAUAUUAUGCACGCUGCAUGUCAUUGCGACCUUUCCAGAUCAGGGUUCUUCCCCCAGGAACUUUCCCUCCACACCGCAAGUAGCCAUGCGUGAGCAAAAGAAAGAUCAGUUUUCAAUGAAAGAUGAAGUAGAUAUCCUUCCAGAUCUUACACUUCCUAAUGAAUCAAACCAGAUAAGAUUUAUUCGAAGUUAUGUCAGGUGUUAUGUUCGUUACUUAACAUUGCCCUUAGUUAGGUUAUGUUCAAAAUCGUUUUCUAUCAAAUUUGUCUCCGACGAAAAAGUGAAUGAUGAUGACUGA